CGUAUCGUUCUCGUCUUCUGGACUACAUUUAGCUUUUUAAAGUUGCUUGAAAAAGAUCAUGGAGCAGAAAUAUGAAGAAGACAUCCAGAAGCUCCAGCAGGAAAUUGAAAUGCUGGAGGCUGAACAGGAGGAGACUUUACGGUCCAUUUUUGUACAGCAUGGAGAUCGACUACAGCAAGGAGUAAAAUCAGCCUGUGAGGAAAGAGGAGGUGGAGGAGCACAGCAACACGCUGUUUCAAAGCUGAUCACAGAAGUCAGAGAGCUGGAAAAAGACCUCAGACGCCAGACAGAAAUCAACGGGAUUACACUUAAUGAGUGUUUUGUGAAGACGUUGCACAAAAGUGAAAGGAAACUCGUACAGCAGCUCAGACUUGCUGGUCACUGCGGGUUACUCUUGUUCCAGGUUGAAUUUGCAGUGACUGAGAUUCAGGAGGACAAUGUUCUGCACAGGAGAGUUACUGAGCUCAAUAUUGUUGUGGAUGGAGUUGAAUUUAAAGAUUUCUCUGCGUUUGUAUCAAGAGUGGAGGACACAAAAGAUCUUCUCUUGUUCUUCAGGACCUUGAGGACAUUUUCUGAGAGAUGUGAGGAUAGGCGUCAAACGUUUCAGCACUUUCAGGAGAAGUACCCAGACGUGGUCAACCUUCCAGAGGGAUGCAGAUCAGAGAUCAUGAUUAUACGAAGUCCUCAACUUCCAGGGAUCUCUAUGACUUUAUUCUGGAAGAUCCACGUCUCCAAGGAAGGAGUGGUAAAGCCGUUGCUUGAUCUACUGCUGAAAAUGCCAGAUCAGGCUCUGGAGUUGGACACCAAAAAAGUGAUGGAAAAAGGCUCCGAUUAUUUUCAGAGCCUCCUGCAGCUUCUCGGGGUGGAGGCAUCGAUCGAAGGCUUGAUAAGAGCCGUGUGUUCGUGACAAGUUGUAAAUCACAAGUCAGCACUCAUGGGAACUUCAUAUCUAAUCAUUUUAUUUGAUAUAAACACCUGUACAAUCACCCGUUAGGAACUACAUCUUGAUGCCACCAGUACGCGUUAAUCAUUUUCACGCACCAUAUGCCCACACUGUAUGGAAAUAUACAUCAUUAGACAAGAGCUAGAAAAAUAAAUAAUUUUAAAU